AUGAGACGGAUUUAUGUUGUCCGUCACGCUGAGCGGGAAGACAAUGUAAAUUCGAAAUGGCGACGAGAUUACCCCGAAUUCAAAAGUGAUAACUCACCGUUGUCCAAACGAGGACGAUCACAAUGCGAUGACCUCAGGAAGUAGUAAGUUUUCAACUUGAAUUAUGUUAUUUUAGUUUCGAAAACAUUGAAAUUGGAUCGAUUUAUGCAUCUCCUUUUGAUCGAACAAUGGAAACCGCAUCCAUCUUACUCGGGAAUAAGGAAAACAAGAUCAAAGUGGAGCCUGGAUUUAUCGAGGUAAAUAUUUCUCCCUUUAUUCGAACUUUUAGGUACCCAAAUUGCCAGAUGGUGCUGAUUGCUUCAUUUUAGAUACUGUAUCUGUGCGAGGACCCUCCGGGAUAUUGGCCAAUAGAUCAGCUGGCUGAUAAGUUCCCAAAAGUCGAUCUUUCGUACAAGCCCGUAUUCAAAACUUGCCCUCCAGAAGAUGAUUGCUUGGAACGUGUUGACAAGACGCUCAGGAAGAUCCUGGAUAGAGAAGAAGACACGGAGAAUAUUGUGGUCGUAUCACAUGGAUCCCCUGUGGCCAGUAUAUAUGAAAGUUUGACCGGGAGAUAUCAAUAUAUUGGACAAGCAACUAUCAGUAUUUUCGAGGAAGCCAGAGCUGGUUCAGGACACUUUGUGUGUAUUCAAAGGGCAGGAAGGGACCACCUCUCCGCGGAAAAUCGGGUAAAUCUACGAGGAUAG